AUGGGACAACACCAGCAACAAGUACUCCGCUACAACGGUCAUACAUGGGACAACACCAGCAACAAGUACUCCACUACAGUGGCCGUACAUGGUACAACACCAGCAACAAGUACUCCACUACAACGGUCGUACAUGGGACAACACCAGCAACAAGUGCUCCACUACAGCGGUCGUACAUGUGACAACACCAGCAACAAGUACUCCACUACAACGGUCGUACAUGUGACAACACCAGCAACAAGUACUCCACUACAACGGUCAUACAUGGGACAACAACAACAACAUUCAUUCCACUACAACGGUCGUACAUGUGACAACACCAGCAACAAGUACUCCACUACAGUGGCCGUACAUGGUACAACACCAGCAACAAGUACUCCGCUACAACGGUCAUACAUGGGACAACACCAGCAACAAGUGCUCCACUACAGCGGUCGUACAUGUGACAACACCAGCAACAAGUACUCCACUACAACGGUCGUACAUGUGACAACACCAGCAACAAGUACUCCACUACAACGGUCAUACAUGGGACAACACCAGCAACAAGUAUUUCACUACAACGGUCAUACAUGGGACAACACCAGCAACAAGUACUCCACUACAGUGGCCGUACAUGGUACAACACCAGCAACAAGUGCUCCACUACAGCGGUCGUACAUGUGA